AAUGGUGAGUUUCUUUGCUGGAGAUCGUCAGGCGUGUAAGGAGUGCGAGAGGAGCAUGUUGAAGGAACCGAACCACGGCGAAACGGGUGAUGAGAAAGGACGCAGGGGAGAGGGGACGGGGACUUCUUUUCUGCGUGCGAUGCGUGGCGCUGGGUGGAGCUUGGGAAGCAGCGUGGACUCGUGGAUGGAGAAAUGCGAGAGCGGACUUGUUGAGACGAUGAAGAAGGACUGGACUGACAUGACAAACGCAGGUUCGCGGCCCAAGGAAGCACAUGAAGCGCCUGGCGGCGCCCUCGUCGUGGAUGCUCGACAAGCUCUCGGGCACCUACGCUCCCAGGCCCGCCGCUGGUCCCCACAAGAUCCGCGAGUCGCUCCCCCUCGUUGUGCUCCUCCGCAACCGUCUCAAGUACGCCUUGACCGGCCGUGAGGUGCUCUCGAUCACCGCCCAGCGCCUCAUCAAGGUCGACGGCAAGGUCCGCACCGAGCCCACUUACCCCACCGGCUUCAUGGAUGUUGUUUCGAUUGAGAAGAGCGGCGAGCACUUCCGUAUCCUCUACGACGUCAAGGGCCGCUUCAUCGUCCACCGAAUCACGCCUGAGGAGGCCACCUACAAGCUGCUCAAGGUCAAGAAGGCGCAGCUCGGUGCCCGCGGUGUUCCCCACGUCGUCACCCACGACGGCCGCACGCUCCGUUACCCCGACCCGCUCGUCCGCGUCAACGACACCAUCCGGUACGACAUUGAGAACAACAAGAUGGUUGACUUCAUCCACAUGGACACUGGCUCCCACGUCAUGGUCACUGGUGGCCGUAACCAGGGCCGUGCCGGCCGCAUCACCGGCCGUGAGCGCCACCCCGGUGGCUUCGACAUCGUCCACGUCCAGGACACCCUCGGCCGAGACUUCUCGACGAGGCUCUCGAACAUUUUCGUCAUUGGCGACGGUGGCAAGCCCUGGAUCUCGAUGCCCAAGGGCGGUGGUAUCAAGCUGAGCAUCGCUGAGGAGCGUGACCAGAGGAGGCGCCAGCGUGAGGCUCAGGGAGCGUAAAGGAAAUCAUGUCGCAAUCCUUCCUGUCCGUCUCAUACACACAUUCAUCACUUUCUCACGCUCUCUCUUGACCUUGGCAUUCCUCUCAGCCCUCAUCCAUGUAUGAAAAGUAUUCUCUCUAUCCAAAAGCGCCACUCGAGGGCGAAUGAAGAAUGACCAUGGCGCAUGCACACUGAAAC